GGUUCACAUGAUAGCGCACUUCGUGGGGGUCCGACUUGGCGCAACUUUUACUAACUCCGCGUCCACCUAACCCACGCCCUGUGCUUCCCCAAUUCACAUUGCCCAGACCUUUAAUGCUUCAAGAAGUAUCUUAGAUUUCCACGUUCUCUCGCGACGUUCCGUUCUCGUCCACCGCUUAAAAAUACCUUAGACUUUACAUCCGCGGAACAUGGCAUCCUCGACAGCGUCCCAACAGCCAGCCCAGGUAUGGGACGAAUCGCAAUGCGUAGCAGCCCUCGCGCAGCUCGAGCGCCUCCAAGCACAAAUCGAUGACCUCCGCCUCACGAUCCCCCGCGUCGUCGCACCCCUAAGCCCCCAAAUAACAAAGCGCCCGGAGCUCUUCGCCGCAUUCAAGAAGGCCGCUGUCGGUUCUCAAAGCAACAUCAAAGCGUUCCGCACGACAUGGCAAAGCCAGGAGACGCAGGCGCUCUUCGAGCACACCAAGGCGAGCCUCGAGGCAAAUUCCGACCUGACGCCCGGAGCGCAGCUGCCGAGGUACGGCUGGGAGCAGAAGGAGAUCAGGGAUAGGGAUGCGGAGGCGAGGAGACGUGAUGGCGCGAAAGACGGGGAGGACAAGGCGGUGGUUUCGAUGAGUAAGGAGGAGAGAGAACGGAUCUUGCAGGAGUUCCGGGCGGCAAACGGGCAGCUCAAAGUGUUUAGUAAGGAUGAUGAUCGUGAUAUUCUGAUACAUUUCAUCAGCGGGGGCCUGAAGUAUCGCUUCCAUGUUGUGGUUAAUAGUGAGACCAAUGGCGGCGAGCACCUUGACGCUGAAUGCUUGGGCAAUGGGGAGCCCUUUGUGUCCAUCACGCGGUGCGUCUCGUUAAGGCCUCACGCCAACGAGCUGAAGCCUCUUUUGGAUAUGAUCGCGGCAUACAAGAACGUACAGAGCAACUCCUGUGCCAAAUGUGGAAAAUUACUCGACAAAUCCGCUCUGGUACCGACAGCAAGAAGGAGCAAACAGCCAGAAGAAGCCAACGAGAAACAAGAAACAGUGUGGGAGGCGCUCCAUGAAAGCUGCCUCGAUUAAACCAUUGCCUAC